AUGUCGUUCAGAUCGCCCUGUCACGAUGACCCUACCUCCAUGAAUGAGGGCGAUGUCAUCUUGAUUGGUCACCACGAUAUUAGCAACUACAAUCCGGGCCAGAUACUUCCCGAGUCCCCUGAGCGCAUCCGUAAGAUUCGCUCUUGGCUACAGCCCACAUCAUACAAUGAUGUUGGUGGCGAGUAUCACAAACACCUUGCUUCCCACCUACCCGGCACGGGCGCCUGGCUCACUUCAAGCGACGUGUAUCGGAGAUGGAUUCAGUCCGAAAGCGACGGGGAAGGUAUGCUCUGGAUCAAGGGCAUCCCUGGAUCCGGGAAGUCUGUCAUAGCUGCCAAGCUGAUCGACGAACUUGCCAAAUCAAACCCGGGUUGCCCAGUCUUAUACUUCUUCUUUCGCCAGAUCAUCGAAGCCAACCAUAAGCCUCUGGCCCUUCUCCGAGAUUGGAUGGAUCAGCUCCUGGAAUAUAGCCCGCCUUUGCAGAAACAGCUUAUAGCAUAUGUUGAGAGUAAUCGGCCAUGUGAUACGAUUCUGAUGGAGGAUAUGUGGAAGGACCUGCGUGCUGCACUCGCCGGGUUACCGGGACGGGCCUUCUGCGUCGCCGACGCACUUGACGAGAUGGACCAUGGCCACGGCAUGGACAUGUUCAUCAAAGAACUUGCGUCUCUCGGCCUGUGGCGGCCAAAACAAGUCAAAGUCUUGAUAACAAGUCGCCCAGUAGCAACAAUUGAAAGGCUGCUCAGAAUGGCCCCGUGCCUUUAUUUACGACUUCAGGAAACCAUGGUUGACGCCGACAUCUCAACAUUUGUCGAAUACACCCUAGCCAGGUGUGAAACGUCUAUCCAAGCAAGCGAUAAGCAGCUGAUCCGAGAUGCUGUACCCGGCCGGGCUAAUGGGUUAUUUCUCUACGCCAAGCUCGCCAUGGACUCAUUUCUGCAACCUGGUGCUGAUAUCAAAGAAGUUCUUCAGCGCCUCCCAGUCGACUUGAAUGCUCUAUACAAUAACCUACUCGAGCAACACGCACGUCGGCCGGGUGUUUCCGCAGACAUCCAGCAUCUGAUCUUGCAAGCCAUCACUCAUACCGCUCGUCCUUUGCGGUUGUUAGAGCUCGCAACCAUGAUUAACUGUGUCAGUCCGAACGGACCUGAUGGUUUCAAGCGAGAGCUGAAGUCUACCAAGGAUCUUAUCCGGGUUACAUGCGGACCACUGUUGGAGAUCCUCCCGGAUGAGACAGUCUCCGUCAUCCACCAUUCCUUCACAGAGUUUCUCAAAGGUAUCACGCGAUCGGUCGAUGGUUGCUCUGGAUAUCCUAUCCUGCAACAAGGAUCAACACACUCCACACUUGCUCUUGCGUGUUUGCGCUACCUUCAAAACGGGUGCUUAGAUGGUGUGGACGCUGUGAUCAGGCAACGCCAUGGGUUUAGCGGGUGGACCUAUACCAGUUCUUGGAACUCUGGUGAUGACUACUCAAGUUUGAUACCUGAGCCAGAUGUCCAGAUGAGGCUACAACAUCCAUUUGUGGAAUACGCAGUCGGCUAUUGGCACCACCAUGUUCACAAAUCUGAGGCUGCCGGGCAAGACCAGACCCAACUGAACCUAGAAAUUGGAAAAUUUCUCGGGGACAGUAAAUCGAUGUUGGCCUGGCUGCAGCUAAAUUGGCCGGACCACUCAAACGAAGGACGCAUCACACAGCUUCAUGUCGCCGCCCGGGCUGGGCUCGCGGCCUAUGCCAAGGGCCUUCUCAGAAGCAUAGAUGUUGAUGUUCAGGAUGCCGUAGGGAAGACACCACUUUGGUGGGCUGCUUCCGAGGGCUACGAAGAGGUCACUCAAGUGUUGAUCGCAGCCGGCGCAAAUCCAGACCAAGGUGAACCGCAAUGCGGACUUAGACCUCUACACCAAGCGGCCAUCAGAAACCAUUACGCAGUUGUAAAAGCUCUAUUAGAAGCUGGUGCUGACCCUCUUCCACCUAAACUAAAUCGCACCGUCAGACCGAGCCGCUCCUAUUUUCGAUCGAUUAAUUAUGCGUAUGUGGGGGAUAGUCCACUCGAGGCUGCUUGUGUCAACGGCUGCCUGGAGACGGUGAAUGCGCUGCUUCCAUAUAUUGAGGAUACUAAUCUCACACAACGCGCCUUGUCUUGGGCAGCUGGUGGCGGGAAGUCCGAAGUCGUGUCCCGUCUCCUGCAACAUCCAGAAGUGGACGUCAACGCUAAAGUUGAUGGUGUCACCCCUAUCUAUCUUGCCUCUGAAGCCUAUAGUGUUCCAACAAUCGAAACACUCCUGCAGGCGGGAGCAGACCCAAGGGUAAGAUGCGAUAACGGUCAUUACCUGAACUGUCUGCAUGGAGUAUGCCAGGUAGGGUCCUCUCGCACGCCAAAUUACCCGGAUGCUAGCGUCCUGAGAAGAAUCUUCUCGCUGCUGGUCCAGCACGGUGUUGACGUCAAUGAUAGCACCCCAUCCGGUAUGACUGCGCUGCAUGGGGCGGUUGCUGGGUCAUCAGUAUUGACGCAACUACUCAUCGAUGCUGGGGCUGAUGCAAACGCCAAAGACAAUGAGGGAGCGACGCCCCUAUACUUUAUGUCUCGGUAUACCGACAGAUUUGGAACACCUAUAGACCCCAUGGUGAUCUUGAUCGAACAGGGCCAUGCCGACAUAAACAAUAUACGGGGCGACGGGGACAGCGUGCUUCACUGGAUGGUGGACGAAUUGUCCGCUGAGCGUGUCCUUACUUUCUUGAAGUACGGUCCAGAAUGCAACGUGCUUGACGGACGAGGCAAUGGCUCGUUGCACAAGGCACUUGGCAGAUUUGCAGAGUUCCCUGCUGUCAUCGAGGGUAUACUUCAGGCGGGAGCCGAUCCAAAUAUGAAGAACCGCGAUGGACUGACUCCCCUGCUCUGCAUCCACCGUAACGACAACUACCAUUGCCCAAAGCUUGUGGACAUUCUUCUCAGAGCAGGUGCAGAUCUCAACACAGUAGACCGAGACGGGAAAACCGUGUUGUUCCACCUGUUGCCAUACUGGAACGUACUCUGGCGGGACAAGGCGGCUCUGGACAAGAUUAGAGAGCUUGUCAGCCUGGGUGCCUCGACCUCGAUCCGAGACUUCAAAGGCCGAACAAUUCUACACGAGGUAGUCCAAACAAUACCGGAUGGCUCAACAAGACGUCUGUGCGAAGGGUUGUCCUGUGAAGCGGACCUCGAUACCCUUGGAGGUCUGGGGCUUGAUAUCAAAGCCAUUGACCAUGAGGGGAAUGGACUCCUUCACGAGCUUGCUAGUCGGGAGGAUAAUCACUAUCGCGUCUCUGCACUUCUCCCGCUCUGGAAAUACCUCAUCGCUAUGGGUCUCGACCUGGCGGAUAAGAACCAUGCUGGGCGCACACCGUUGCAUAUCUUGUGCACCAACGAUGGACGAUCUCCAUAUUCCAAUCGGAGAAGUGUAAUGCCAAUUGACUUUGUCAUCGCCCAAGCAAAGAACCUCGAUACUGCUGACAACAAUGGUAUUACACCUCUGCACAUAGCUGCGACUCGGGGAGAGCUGUACACGAAGAAGCUCUUAGAUGCUGGCGCCAAUCCAGCAGCAUGUACUCGCGAUGGUCUAACUGCUCUCCAUCUCGCUUCUCGAUGGGGUCAAAGUAAUGUGGUUGGCAUGCUUCUGGUUGCGAUGGGCGCCGAAACACCGUCCAUUGCUUGCAAGACAUCCCGUACAGAUAACCUGGGUGGCCGGCCAAUGGCACGUCCUGUGAAAGGAGUCAACGCCAAGGCAUAUGGGAGAAACGAGAUCACACCUCUCUUCUUUGCCUGCCGGACAGGGAGACCUGAGACAGUCACCCUACUGAUUGAAGCUGGCGCUGAUGCUACCAUAGGGAAAGUUUUGGAGGCAUGCGUACAGUUUGAGGAAGGAUGUCGCUCAUGUAAAACCUCUCAGGGGCCUGGAAACAGCGGACAGAAGACCGAGGACAAUUGGCUCCUGGUGGACACCUCCCACUGCAUUAGUCCCAGGCGGCAACGGUACACGAAACCCAACCCCCGCGACUACGACCUGGGUACAAGUGAAACCAGCAGAGUUGAAGAGAUUCUGGAACUACUUUUCACCUCUCGAGCUGACCCAUCGCAGCUAGGGUGCUACGCAAAUGUGGAUAGUUUGGUCGACCAGGCUGUUGCUUCCGGUAAAGAUUAUGUUGCUCGAUGUUUGAGAGAUGUUUGCGAAAAAUAUCUACCCAACCAAGCUACUGCAAGCAACCAAAGCGCAGGUCAUGCGUUGGCCGGGCUCACGCACCAUUUGUUGAAAGAAACAUCAGGCCAGACGUUAAAGAUAUCCGGGUUCGUUGAACCAGCGACUUCUAAUCAAGAGCUUUUUCGCCAUUUCCUGAGACGGAGGGAGUACCACUUAGUGGAAGAGCUUGCUCGUCUUGGAGCGGACUUUCUCUGUGUGCCCGAAGAGGAACGUCCUAGCAAUUUGGCGAUUUUAGUGCGAGGUGGCUUAUAUGCCCUCGUGGAAAAGAUAGGCGAACUUGUAGCAGAGUCGAGAGUCAGCCAAGCCGAUUGGCACUCCUUUGGAGACAUUACACGGCCCGGACUAUGGUUCGCAAAGAGAGACGGUUUGAGCCAUAAGGAUGUGCCUGUACCAUUCUUACUCGAGGCAGUUCAAAGAGACUCCCCUAACUUGGAAAUGAUGCGGCUGCUCGUUGAUAAGUUUGGAGUCGAUAUCAACGAGCGGCGAUUUGCGUUAGGGAGCAUGCACGUUCCUGACGGAACGCGGCAUAAUGUACUUGUUCCAACAGACUCAGCGCUUCACUAUGCUGCGAAAGGCUACUGCUGGUGGCACGCUCAUCAGGCACUCCCUUAUCUUCUAGAGGCCGGCGCAGAAGUCAAUAUCCGCAGCCACAACGGGGACACACCUCUCCAUAUGGCCCUCUUCAAAGGUGACUCUCCCGGCCCUUUCGCGAAGAAUGCAGCAAGGACCUUGAUCGAAAAUGGGGCAGACGUCAACGCGAUUGGAAAUGAAGGACGGAGUAUCCUGGCAUGUGCAGCAGAUGAUGUGAACAUGAUCAGGCUGCUCGUAAGCCACGGUGCAACCUUGGCAGCCGACGCCAUAUUCCUCGCAAUUAAAGUAACAAACGUGGCAGGUGUUAAAGAGCUUCUAUCCCUCGGGGCAGACACAAGUAUGCGUCGGGGCAAGCUAUUCAGACCGGAAUUCGAUCCCGAGGGCAGGCGCAUACAUCCUCAUUCGUAUAGCGUAACACGGUUGAUGGGUGUUCCAUUGUAUGAGGAAGUGUUCCCUUUGUAUCAUGCGGGAAUGUCAUCAGCAUUGCGGUGGUGGCGACACCCAGGUGACUUUGCCGGGCAACUUGAGCCUGAAAGACAGAUUGUUGAAGUGCUUCUAGACCAUGGCGCCGACCCCUUCGCCAAGUUCCUGAGCCGAAUCAAUACAUGUUGGGAAGCGCCUAGCGUAUGUGACACCACGAAAGAUAUUCCUUCGCUGGAGGUGCCCGAAGCUCAUCGAGAAUGCACAAUUCUUCAUGAACUGCUCCUGGCCGGGUCGCUGGUAGAUCCCUUCCUGAGCCUUCCAAGGCUAGACGUUAACCACCGAGAUGCGAAGGGACGGACUCUGCUACUGGCAGCAUGCCAGAGUUCACAUGGCCCUGAUGCUGUCCUUGACUCGAAUAAAACAGAGGCGGGUUGGGAGGGCCAUAAUACCAUUUUUCAACGCCUCGUCUCUCUCGGUGCCGACCUCAGGGCACUCGACAACUCUGGGCACAAUGUGUUGCAUCAUAUUAUUGCGGGAAAUUGCUUUGAGACUACGUUUUCCGACUUUAAGGUUUCGCUGGACAGCGUUCUUCGAGAAGCGCCGGACCUCAUACACCAGAUGGACGACGACGAGCAGACACCAUUACACUAUGCUUGCAUCCACGCCGACAUAUGGAGAGACACUCGGGCAGCACAUGCCCUUCUAUCAGCAGGGGCCGAUCCCCUCGUCGUUGACAAGAACGGAAACAAUCUCCUUCACGUCCUCGCCAAGAGCUUGGACACCUCCAGUCAACUAGAACUAUUCCAGAUCUUGGCAGGACGAGGUGUAGACUUAAAUGCGCGCAAUAAGCGCGGCGAAACGCCGUUGCUUAUAUUUUGCAAGCAUGAAAGAACGAGUUAUAGAGACGAGCAAGACGAUAAGCACGAAAAUGUGGCAGAUAAAGAUGCAUUGCUGAUACUGCAAGGAUUGGGAGCCGAUAUGUUUGCCAAAGAUGCUCAGGGUCGAGGUCUGCUGCAUGUGGCGGCCAGGACAGACGCCAAAUGGUUCAAGGUCCUUUUGGACGAGGGCCUUGAUGCCAUGCUAGAGGAUGAGACACAACAGACGGCUGUUGAUAUCGCUGCUGUGUCUGGAAAUCAGGAAGUCUUGCAGUUAUUUGAGCAGAACUCUUCUAGAUGA